ACGAUAAUUUUUUUAUCCAGUCAGUCUUUUACAUUUUAGACAUAGAAUUAGCGAGUUAUUCGCAUCGCGUCUAUCAAUAUGUCGAUACGUCUCACAGUUUCCGCUGCUUUCCUUUGUCAAAUACUAGUUGCCCAAUUCGUGAGGGCGCACGAAUUCGAGGACUAUUUUCGAAUAGGGCAAAAUUUGAAUUUGAGUGAGGCUAGCACGUUACUGAAGCUCAACGAUGCCAAUUUCAACAUCGAAAAUAUGUACUUGGACGUUUUGUGUGGCAUAAGAUCCGGCAAGCAGGGUAUUAGUGAAUCUUGCGCGAAGCAGAUGGAUAUUGUGUGUAGCAAUCAAGAUAUUUUGAAUCCCAUGGCUGAUGCUUGGUCAAAAUUUCCAUAUACCGGACUACUAGUGACCACUCCACAAGAUUAUGGAACUUAUGAUCAAUGUGUCCAAAUAGAUAGGUAUGUGAAUGACACGAGAAUACUUGGGAAACAUUGUACAUAUGGUUGGGUGAUACCAUUGGAUCAAACAUAUAUUCUGUCUUAUUGUGUACCAGAAGCAUGCAGUGCUUCGGAUAUAGUGAAUAUGGUAACGAAUAGCACAAUCUUAGUUCCAAUAUUAGAACAAUUGGUAAAUGAAAGGUCCUGUCAAACUAAGGAGAGCAACACUAGUAUGAACGCAUCAGAAAUAGUAGUGACAUGUUUCUUUUGCCUCUUUCUUGCCUCUCUGGUUCUUUCCACAUCGUACGAUAUUAUUGCAAGCAAACGAAAUAGAAAACCACAUCCUCUAUAUACCGCUUUCUCUGUUGUCAAAAAUGGAAAAAAGUUAUUAAAAGUUACGACACAAUCGGCCAGCAGAGAUCAAAUUCUGGCAUUCCAUGGACUCAGAGCUAUCAGUAUGCUGUGGAUUUUGGCUGGACAUUCUGUAGGAAUGUUUACUGUCGUUCCCCUCAUCAAUGUCGCUGAUAUAAAUGAAUUUCAACGUACCAUUUCUGCUUUUUAUAUUAUGGGAGGAUAUUUUGCUGUCGACACCUUUUUCUAUUUGUCAGGCUUUCUCAUAGCGUAUCAGUAUUUUAAAGCAAUGGGAGAAAAAAGUAUGGUACAACAAGCUGUUUCUAUACCCCAAAUGAUCAUUCACAGAUAUUUAAGAAUUACUCCUGCCUUGUUGAUGUUGUUCCUCUAUGGGGUAUAUAUAUCAAAAUUUGUGGGUUCUGGACCAAUGGCUUACUUAGUCAAUCAAUCAGUUGAAAGACCUUGUAAGGAACACUGGUGGUCGGUAUUUUUGUACAUCCAGAAUUAUUACAAUUUUACAGAUCUAUGUUAUACUCAUCUUUGGUACUUAUCAACCGACUGGCAACUAUUCUUAUUAGCACCACUAAUUCUGAUUCCUACAGCGUUGCAAUACAGGAGAAGAUUCAACUGGGUUCUGGGAUCCCUUCUAGGGUUAAACCUCAUUUUUGUUUUCAUACCCCUUUGGACCAAAUUGCAAUUUAGGGAGUAUGAUCCAACAUUUAGGGAAUACGAUACACAAUCGAAAUUGACGGACUAUUUCCUAGGAUUCACUUUAGGUUUUUAUAUGAGGACACAAAAGCACAGGAGAUACUUAUUUAAUUCAUCUGCAAACCUUGUUUUAUGGGCUGUGAGCUUGGCAGGACUCUUGGGAACUGUAAUAAUAUACCAAGCGUAUUGUUUAGACACUGACCAAACCUACGUCAUCAGAUCUCUUGCUUACACUUUUACCAAACCAGCAUGGUGCAUAUUUUUAUCAUUUGUUAUAUAUGCCUGUGCAAAUGGCAAAGGAGGGUUUAUAAAUUCAUGGCUGUCUAGCAGUUUUAUGCAAAUUUUGAGUAAACUGUCUUAUUGCAUGUACUUAAUGCACGUUCCUGUUAUAUUGUUCUGGUUGAUAAACAAAAGAACGAAAGAACAUUUUAGUCAUUACAAUUUGUUCUUUUUAUGGUGUGGCCAUACAGUGAUCACAGUGUUCCUUUCAAUAAUAUGGACGCUGUCUUUCGAAUCUCCGCUCAUCACAAUCGAAGGAUUAAUAUUUAGAAAACCACGAAGACCCAGUAUUAAAAAAGAAAAUGGUAAUACUACGUAACCUGACUCUAGUAUUAUUGUGAAGUUCCUUUUCUGCUGUAAGAUAUUAAUAAUUAGUCUUAGUAUUAAUAAUUAAACAGAUUGUUGUAGUUAUUUAUACCACUUUAUUAAAAAUAAAUUAAGUUUUAA